UAAUUCGACAAAUGUAAUCCCAGGGAGAAGAUGCACUGAAUACUUGGAUCUGUGAGACGAUUGAAUAUAUUUUCUCGUGAAGACUCUUUACUCAGUUGAACUUGGCUCUACCAUGCCCAGGGUGAGUGGCCACAGCAGAUUCUAUCUGGCAGGGAGUGGCUGUCAUGAUCUCUACAGCACCGCUCUACAGCGGGGUGCACAACUGGACCAGUUCUGACCGGAUUCGCAUGUGUGGCAUCAACGAGGAGAGAAGAGCACCUCUUUCUGAUGAGGAGUCCACGACAGGUGACUGCCAGCACUUUGGAUCUCAGGAGUUUUGUGUCAGCAGCAGUUUUUCCAAGGUGGAGCUCACAGCAGUUGGAAGCGGCAGCAAUGCCCGGGGGGCAAACCCAGAUGGCAGUACAACAGAAAAACUUGGGCACAGGUCAGAAGAUCAGCCUGAUGAUCCUCAGCCAAAAAUGGACUAUGUUGGGAAUGCAGGAGAGGCUGAGGACCUCCUGGUGCCACUGAGCAGCCCAGGAGACGGACUUAAGCUGUCCACUCCUGAUAGCACUGAGGCCAGCCAUAGCAGGGCCAAUUGCUCCUGGACUCCCCUAAGCACCCAAAUGAGCAAACAGAUUGACUGCUCGCCAGCCGGGGUAAAGGCUUUGGACUCUCGGCACAGUGUUGGGGAGAAGAACACUUUCAUUUUGGCAACUCUGGGAACUGGAGUUCCUGUGGAGGGAACCCUGCCUCUAGUUACCACGAACUUCAGUCAGCUGCCGAGACCUAUCUGCCCUCCUGCCCCUGGGUCGGCCUCUGUGACCCCAUCGGUUCCCGAUCCAUUCCCAGUUCCCCUUUCUGUCCCAGCCCCAGUGCCCCACUCAGGACUCGUUCCAGUCCAGGUUGCCACAUCGGCUUCGGCUGCAUCUCCUCCUCUAGCUCCAGCUCCGCCCUCGGUGCCUACUCUCAUCUCUGAUUCAAACCCUCUCUCCGUGUCAGCCUCUGUCUUGGUGCCUGUGCCGGCGUCUGCUCCCCACUCACUGCCACACCAGCUGCCAUCCCCACCUCAGCACCCAUUCCAGCCUCCUUCAGUUUGAGUCGAGUGUGUUUCCCUGCAGCUCAGGCACCAGCUAUGCAAAAAGUCCCCCUGUCUUUUCAGCCAGGGACAGUGCUGACCCCUAACCAGCCGCUGGUAUACAUCCCACCUCCAAGUUGUGGGCAGCCACUCAGUGUGGCUACACUGCCAACCACCCUGGGAGUCUCCUCCACGCUCGCGCUCCCAGUCCUGCCAUCUUACCUACAGGAUAGGUGUCUUCCAGGUGUGUUGGCCUCCCCAGAGCUCCGCUCUUAUCCAUAUGCAUUUUCUGUGGCCCGGCCUUUGGCUUCAGAUUCGAAGUUGGUCUCUUUAGAGGUGAACAGGCUCUCCUGUACUUCCCCAUCCAGCAGCGCCAACACCCAGCCUGCUCCUGAUGGGGUCCCUGGACCUUUGGCAGAUACCUCCCUCACCACCGCUUCUGCCAAGGUGCUUCCAACUUCACAGCCUUUGCUGCCAGCCCCCAGUGGGAGCUCGGUCCCACCACACCCCUCCAAGAUACCAGGUGGCACAGAGCAACAAACAGAAGGGACUUCUGUUACCUUCUCUCCUCUCAAGUCACCUCCACAGCUGGAGAGAGAGAUGGCCUCUCCACCCGAGUGCAGCGAGAUGCCUCUUGACCUCUCUUCCAAGUCCAACCCCCAGAAGCUUCCAUUGCCGAACCAGCGUAAAACACCUCCCAUGCCUGUGUUGACCCCUGUGCACACCAGCAGCAAGGCCCUCCUUUCCACAGUCCUGUCUCGGUCUCAGCGCACAACUCAGGCUGCCGGCAGCAAUGUCACUUCCUGCCUGGGCUCUACUUCUUCUCCUUUUGUUAUCUUUCCUGAGAUGGUGAGGAAUGGAGACCCAAGCACCUGGGUAAAAAACUCAACGGCUCUGAUCAGCACCAUUCCUGGCACAUAUGUGGGAGUGGCCAACCCAGUGCCUGCAUCCCUGCUGUUGAACAAGGACCCUAAUCUGGGCCAUAACCGAGAUCCUCGCCAUCUCCCCAAGCAGGAGUUUCUCUCCAUCAUUGAUCAAGGAGAGCCUAAGAGCAUUGGUGCCACUUGUGGCAAGAAAGGCAGCCAGGUUGGUGCUGAGGGACAGCAAAGCACAGUCAAAUCCCGUUAUACCCCAGCCCGCAUUGCCCCUGGGCUGCCAGGGUGUCAAACCAAGGAACUGUCUUUAUGGAAAUCUACAGGGCUGACAAAUAUGUACCCACGGUGUUCCGUCAAUGGGAAACCCACUAGCACCCAGGUCCUGCCUGUUGGCUGGUCCCCAUACCACCAAGCAUCUUUGCUUUCCAUUGGCAUUUCCAGUGCCGGGCAACUAACCCCCAGUCAGGGGGUGCCUAUCAGGCCCACCAGCAUUGUUUCUGAGUUUUCUGGUGUGUCAUCUCUUGGCUCCAAUGAAGCUGUUCAUGGACUUCCUGAGGGGCAGCCACGGCCUGGGGGCCCCUUUGCGCCAGAACAGGAUGCUGUCACAAAGAACAAAACUUGCCGAAUUGCUGCCAAGCCUUAUGAAGAACAAGUCAAUCCUGUCCUCUUGACUCUCAGCCCUCAGACAGGGACCCUGGCGCUGUCUGUUCAGCCUAACAGUGGGGACAUUGGAGUGAAUCAGGGACCUGAUGAAUCUGAGAGCCACAUCUGCUCUGAUAGUAGUCCUAAGAUGGAAGGCCCCCAGGCAGCCUGUGGCCUGAAGCUGGCAGGAGACACAAAGCCUAAAAACCAAGUGCUAGCUACCUAUAUGUCCCAUGAGCUGGUCCUGGCCACCCCCCAGAACUUGUGCAAGAUGCCUGAGCUGCCUUUUCUCCCUCCCGCCAGCCACUCUAAAGAACUCGUUUUAGAUGUGGUUCCAAGCAGCAAGAGGGGCCCCAGCACAGACCUUUCGCAGCUUGGAAGUCAGGUGGAUCUGGGGCGGGUGAAAAUGGAGAAAGUGGAUGGUGAUGUGGUCUUCAAUUUAGCCAGCUGCUUCCAGGCUGAUGGUCUCCCAGCAGUUCCCCAAAGGGGCCUGGCUGAAGCUCGGGCUAAAGCUGGGCAGCCUCGAGUGAAACGGGAAAGUGUUGGGGUCUUUACUUGCAAGAACAGUUGGCAACCAGAUGAAGAAACAGAAUCUCUGCCCCCCAAAAAAGUGAAAUGUAACAAAGAAAAGGAAAUUGAGGAAGAACCACAGCAGCAGCAGCAGCAGCAGCAGCAGCAGCAGCAGCAGCCGCCGCCACCGCCACCGCCACAGCCGCAGCAGCCACCGCCCCCACCCCCACCACAGUCUCAUGAUAAACCUAUGGCCCGGAGUUCCCUGGGAUCCAAGUGCCAAAAGCUGUCUGGAGAUCCCCAGGAACCCACCAAGAAAAGCCCCAGAGGGGCUUCAGAUUCAGGAAAAGAGCACAAUGGCGUCAGGGGAAAGCACAAGCACUGGAAGCCAACAAAGCCAGAGUCACAGCCUCCAGGAAAACGAGCUGAUGGUCAUGAAGAAGGUUCUUUGGAAAAGAAAGCAAAGAGCAGUUUUCGUGACUUCAUCCCUGUGGUUCUGAGCACUCGGACACGCAGUCAGUCUGGAAGCAUCUGUAGCUCCUUUGCUGGUAUGGCAGACAGUGACAUGGGAAACCAGGAGGUCUUCCCUACAGAGGAAGAGGAGGAGGUGUCUCCCACCCCAACUAAGAGGAGAAAGGUGAGAAAGACCCAAAGGGACACCCAGUACCGCAGUCAUCAUGCCCAGGACAAGACCCUGCUGAGCCAAGGCCGCAGACAUCUGUGGCGAGCCCGAGAGAUGCCCUGGAGGACAGAGGCUGCCCGGCAAAUGUGGGACACCAAUGAAGAGGAGGAAGAAGAAGAAGAAGAUGAGGAGGAGGAGGGCCUGAUGAAGAGAAAGAAACGGAGACGACAGAAGAGCAGAAAAUACCAGACUGGGGAGUACUUGACAGAACAAGAAGAGCAGCGGCGGAAAGGGAGAGCAGAUUCAAAGGCCCGUAAGCAGAAGACUUCCUCCCAAAGUUCAGAGCACUGCCUCAGGAACAGGAACCUUCUCUUGACCAGCAAAGCCCAGGGGAUCUCGGACUCACCAAACGGUUUCCUCCCUAAUAACCUGGAGGAACCAGCCAGCCUUGAAAAUUCAGAAAAGCCAUCAGGAAAACGAAAGUGCAAAACUAAGCACAUGGCAAACGUCUCAGAAGAGGCAAGGAGCAAAGGUCGUUGGAGCCAGCAGAAGACACGAUCUUGCAAAUCUCCCUCUCCAGUGAAGCCCACAGAACCAUGUACACCCUCCAAAACCCGAAGUGCUGGCCCAGAAGAGGCCUCAGAGUCACCCACUGCCAGACAGAUCCCCCCAGAGGCACGGAGACUCAUAGUAAACAAAAAUGCUGGGGAGACCCUCCUGCAGCGAGCAGCUCGCCUGGGCUAUAAGGACGUUGUUCUCUACUGCCUCCAGAAGCAUAGUGAGGAUGUGAAUCACCGUGACAACGCAGGCUACACAGCCCUGCACGAGGCCUGUUCCCGGGGCUGGACUGAUAUCCUCAACAUCCUCUUGCAACAUGGGGCUAAUGUGAACUGCAGCUCUCAGGAUGGCACAAGGCCAGUUCAUGAUGCUGUGGUCAAUGACAACCUGGAGACCAUCUGGCUCUUGCUAUCGUAUGGAGCUGAUCCCACACUGGCUACCUACUCGGGUCAGACAGCCAUGAAGCUGGCCAGCAGUGAUAACAUGAAGCGCUUUCUCAGUGAUCACCUCUCGGAUCUUCAGGGCAGGGCAGAGGGUGAUCCUCGAGCGUCCUGGGAUUUUUACAGCAGUUCUGUGUUGGAGAAAAAAGACGGGUUUGCCUGUGACCUCCUCCAUAAUCCUCCUGGGAGUGCUGAGCAAGGAGACGAUUCAGAACAGGAUGAAGUCAUGUUCGAACUCUCAGACAAGCCUCUUCUCCCUUGUUACAACCUCCAAGUGUCAGUGUCCCGUGGACCCUGCAACUGGUUCCUCUUCACCGAUGUCCUGAAGAGGCUGAAGCUCUCCUCAAGAAUCUUUCAGGCCCGGUUCCCGCACCUUGAAAUCACCACCCUGCCCAAGGCCGAGUUCUACCGGCAGGGGGGCCCCCGGCAGCGGGGGCCUCCCCCUGCCGAGAGGCCUGGGAGCUUGGAGGACAGAUCUCCCCCAGGCUCUUCUGAGACUGUGGAGCUCGUGCAGUAUGAGCCAGAGCUGCUUCGGCUCCUAGGGUCUGAGGUGGAAUAUCAGUCUUGGAGCAGUUGACAGAAACGGCCCCUCCCCGUGGGCCUGGGUGGCUGUGGCCUGUCCUAAGGAGAAAUGAGAAGAGCCCAAAUCUCUGAGUGCCCCUCCCUAUCUCCCUGUACUCUUCUGUCUUCCAUAGUAUUUAUUUUAUUAGUAUUUAAUUUGUAUUGUUUCAAUGGUUUCUGCUAAGUCUGUAUCACUGUGAUGAUUUGAGACAGCUUGUUGUAUUGAGGGACUUUCUUUACCUCCUUUCCUUUUUCUUUCUGGAGAAGCUUUGGGGGUGCUCCCUUCUAAGAAAAUUGACCCCAGCUUGUCUUUCCCCAGUUGGGGAUGGAGCAGGGUGAGGAAGAUGGGGGACAUCACCAAAUGAUGGAACAUCCUGGCUGCUGCUGGCCCAGAGCUGGGGGGCUGGGGGCAAAUCCCUGGCCUUUGGUGCUCCCCCACCCCCUGCCAGUUUGGCCACACCCCUGCCCUUUGUAGCCACUCUGCCAUCUUGAGGUUAGUGUUUACUAGGGCGGGAGUUCCCAAGUUACUCUACUAAAGGCAGGUUGAGAAUGGGCCGGGGGGCUAAGGGUGCUUCCCUCACACUGCUCCUCAGAGUGCUCAGUAUGAAGUUAUCCUGGCCUCUUUUGCCCUGUACCCCUCCCCUCCUUGCCUCGCCCUACCUACCCUGGGCUCCCCAUCUUGAGAUAGUGUCUCAUUCACCUCCCAGCCUUUGCCUUGCCAUCCCUACCACAGACUCAGCACCCCCCCCCUGCUCUCCUCCGCCUGCCCCUGAUUUUCCUUUGGAACCUGUAAAGGGCCCUGGGACUGACUAGGCUAGGGCAGGGACUAGUCUCUAGUCUGUCUCCACAUCCACUUGGGGACUUGUGGCUCAGUGAGUAGCUUGUGGGCCUUCAGAAGCCUAGUGUUAGAUCUGUUACAGGAGCAAGUGAGGGAGGGAGAAUGAGCUUGCCCUGUUUCCAUGACCCCACCCCUCCAUGCCAUUGUCUUUCCCGCUCUUCUUAUUUUUCUACCAAUUGCUUUUUUUCCCAGAAAUCCUUGUAGAGUGUGUGUACCAUCCAAAGGCAGGAGGGCCUUGCCGUGGUUGGCUCUGGAUGGAGAUGGUACAGUUUUAUUGUACAGGUGCUAAACAACAACAAAAGAAGAAAAUGGGAAAAAAAGACACAAAAAAAAGAAAAAAAAAAGCCAGUUUGGGGAUGGGACAAUCUGUUCUCUGGAGGCUCCUGACCCAUUUAGGAGCAUUGUUUCUUUUAACUGUGUGAUUUUUGUUCCCAUGGGGAUUUUCUGGGCCCCCUUCUGUAGGACAGUUCCACCAUCCUGCCCAAUUGGUUUUGAACAAUUGUUUUCCAUUUUUAACAACAAAUUAUAUAUAUAAUAUAUAUAUGUAUACAUAUAUAUAUAAAGUUGAGGGGGUUUGGAUUUCAAUUUUCUUUGUUGGGAUUUAUGAUACUGUGUGGUUUAUUUUGUUUUCUGUUUGCCUUUACUUUGUUUUGCAUUUUGGUGUGUACUCUCUGGCUGCCCUUUAUGUUUCUUUUUAAACAACUGGCUGUGGAGUCAAAAAAUGCAUACUGAAAAACUUGUGUCAGG